AAUCGAGUCAUAAGAUGUCUUUAGGACGUCUUUAAGACAUCUUAAAAAUAUUAUCUUUAUAUAUAAAAUAUUAUCUUUAUAAUAUUUAUUUAAAAAUAUUAUCUUUAUGAUAUUGUCUUCAAGAUAAUACCUUAUAAACUUGUCUUAAAGAUGUCUUAAAAACGUCUUAUGAUCCGAUUUUGGAUAUUGUGUUUAAGUAAAGACUUGGUUGGCCGCAUUCGUUUCUAACUACACUUCUCCCAUGAUUAUUGAUCAAUCGAAAAAGCGUGUUUAAAGCGUUUAAAGAAGUGACAUUUUGACAGAUCAACGUGUCGUACGUGUCAAAUAAUAAAAAAAAUAUGUAUAUUGUCAUAAUUAUUAUAUAAUUAAUUAUAUAUGAACUAAUUUUUAACUAGAAAAAUAAAUUACAUGGUAUUAAUCCUUAAUAUAUCAAGGAGAAUCCUCUGAGGACCCUAGAGGGUAAUUUUAGUGCAUUGUUGUAAUUAUAACAUCUAUCUUUCUAAUAAUUUUUGUGUGUGUCCAACGUCGACUUGGAAUUAAAGAUUAAGAAGAUUGAAAAGAUUGAGAUGCUCCACACAUAGUUUUGUAUACUUGAAGCCGCAAAGUGUUAAAUUCGUUAGAAUCUGACGAUAUUGUCUAGGUGGCAAUUUGACAAAUCUAAUAAAGUUUAAUGAAGCAAAACCAAUCUAUACGACGUGAUGAAAAGCUGCUAUAAUUGUGUGGAAAAUACAAAACGAAGUACAAAUAUUUCAAACGGUAGUUUUAUGUCAAUAUCAACAUUAAAGUCGAUAUUAAUAUCUUUUUAAAAUAAAUCAUCUCGAUUUACACUUUAAUUUUUAAUGUAAACGCAAAAAGAAAUUAUGUCUUUUCUUUUUAGAUAGAUCAUUAUUUUUUCGUAAGUGUUAUCUUUUAUAAUAUACACGAUAAAAUAUUCGGAAUGUGCUCUGUUAUUAUUGAAUUUUAACAAUAUAUCUUAAACGUGAGAAUUAGUGUUAUUGGUGUACUUUACAUUAGUCUAACAUAUACAAUAAACAUUCAAAACUAUUGAAAUAGAGAUAUGACUUGCACAAAUAGGUUUUAAAAUAAAAUGUUAAUUGCACCAAUUACGGACAAAUAGCAGAGCUGAUAAGAACUGUGUACACAAAAACUGAAGUCUACCGAAAAUUAAGUUCUCAAGUAAAAAAACUUGUCAAAUUAUGUUGUCAAAUUUAUUCAAUAAUUGUCAAAUUUAUUCAAUAAUUCGUAAAUUUAUUUAAUAAUAAGAUAUCUACAACAUAAAAAUAGCUUCAAUAUUCUGUAAUUAAGUAUCAUUUUUCGUUAUCUAGAGUAACUGCUCUUCGGAAACCUAUCAUUAGAUGAUACGAAAAGCAUAUUUUCAUAAAAUUGGUGGUCUUGAGAGAGACAAAAGUAGUAAAAGCAACUACAUAUUAGAACUGUGUUUAAAAAACGCCAGUACGUGAGUCUGUAAGCAUGUAACGCACGCAAUUGCAAGCAUACGAUAUUUGCCAUUUUAUUACAGUAUGCGACCACGCGCAGAAACGUGUGUAUUUGUGUUAAUUUUUUUUAUAUAUUCGGACAUACAAUUUUGUAAAGCAUAUUGGUGGUGGUGGUGGUCGUGGUCAUCAACACCAACAGUAGAAGAUAUGGAAACAACACCACUUAUCUCUACCACAUCAACAGCUUCGCCGUCCGAGCAAUGUUCAACAUCAGAAGAAUGCGCACGGCAAUGCCAAGAUGGAGAGUCACCGAAACUGUGUUGUUAUCAAUUUAUUGUCGAAUAUUACACGACAAAUGGCAAAGCAUGCGAUUUUUGUCAACCACCGGUGAAUGACUCGAGGAUAAACUCACAGUGUCAAUGUAUCAUAAGUGAUGGAUUUGAGAAAACGGUAUUUUCUAUCAAUCGUAUGAUACCAGGCCCGAGUAUUCAGGUUUGCAAGGGCGAUACGAUCAGAGUCAAUGUGAAGAACGACGCCGAGGGUAGUGAGGUUACUAUACAUUGGCACGGAAUAUUUCAAAAAGGUUCUCAAUAUUACGACGGAGUACCCUUCGUAACGCAAUGCCCAAUUAUGUCAUCUGAAAGCUUCAGAUACAUAUUUCGCGCAGAUAAUUCGGGUACGCAUUUUUAUCAUUCGCAUAUAGCGGCGCAUAUAAUAGACGGACAGCAUGGAUCAUUAAUCGUCCGUGACCCGCCUUCAAGCAAUCCUCAUGUUCGUUUAUAUGACUACGACUUUCCGCAACACGUAGUAAUAAUCAGCGAUUUGUAUCAUGAACUUACUAUGGAACGUUUUCCUGGUCGAUACAGAUCAAAUUCAGGACAAGUUGCACAAAAUUUUUUAAUCAACGGCAGAGGCGAUUGGACGGAUCCUACGACUGGAGUGAAUAAUAACAUUUCAUAUUCAACUCUAAAUGUUGUAAGCGAAAAAAAAUACAGAUUUCGCUUCAUCAACGCGUGUGGCGCAGUAUGUCCGGUCAGAGUGUCAAUUGAGAGUCAUUCGAUGAUGAUAAUUGCUACAGACGGUGAAGAUGUGGAGCCUAUAGAAGUAAAUGCGAUCAACAUGGCUUCAGGUGAACGUUUUGAUGUUGUGGUAUACGCAAAUCAAACUCCGGGUCAGUAUUGGAUAGUAGUAAAAGGACUCGGCGAAUGUAUAGUUGAGGGUAUAUAUCAAUUGGCAAUCCUCGACUAUGGCAGUUCGUAUGUAUCGUUAUCACCAAAGCCAUUAUAUUCUGAUCUACCUGAAAAUAUUGAUAGAACUUUUAAUCCUCUGAAUUCUACGGACUGCGGCACAAAUCUCUGUGUGCAUCAAACAUGCAAGAAAGACAUGUCAGACCAGGAUAAAAGCUUAUUGAAUGAAAAAGCGGAUAUGUCAUUAAAACUGUCGUUCGAUUUUUUCAAUUACACUUUAUCACCAGAUAUGUACAAACUAUUUACUACGAACUCACCAGAUUACAAAAAAUUCUUUGUUGCUAUCGAUAGAUCCCACUUAAUAAGUAGGAUAAAUAACAUUUCGUAUGUAAACCCGCCAGAAGCUCUUAUUUUGGCGACUAGUCCAUACAAGUUCUUAUGUGAAGAUCAUUCUAUGCCGUCUACAUGUACAGAACCCUGCACUUGUACUCAUGUUUAUAAUAUUCCACGUGACAUAAUCGUGGAUGUGAUGAUCUAUGACAAAGAGCCUUUGCAAGAACUGAAUCACCCGUUUCACCUGCACGGCUACAAUUUCUGUGUACUGUACUCGGGCCAGUUUCAGAAUGCAAUUAAUAAGAGUUAUAUAACAGAACAAGAUGCAGAAUAUGAGUUGCAAGUUUAUAAUCAGCAACAUAGCUCUUAUAAUUGUUGUGCUCCUAAGGAUACUGUGAUUGUACCAAAUACCGGUUAUGUCAUCUUACGUUUCAAGGCCGAUAAUCCAGGUUGGUGGUUCUUUCAUUGUCAUUUCAGUUGGCACACCAUGGCAGGAAUGAAUGUUGUUUUUCAUGUUGGAAAACCACGUGAUUUGCCACCUAUACCAACAGAUUUUCCAGAAUGUCACAACUUUCCGAAAAAUAUUGACGAAAAUAAUUAAUUUAAUUAAUUCUACGACAAAGAUAAAAAUUCGUUUUUUUUUAAACAAAGACAUGUUUCUUGGAUUUUGAUUCCAUUUACCGCAAUAAUAAGCAUUAUAAGCACAUUUGAAUUAUAAUAUACUGAGCAGAAAAAUAUUAAUAAAAAUAAUCAAUUAAAAUAAUUAAUAUAUAUUAAUAUGUAUGAAAUUACAUAUUUUAUUAGCCGUAAUAAAAACAAAAUAAAAGAGUAAUUAAUUUUCUUAUAUUAACACUUUAUGUCAAUCUAAUUGAUUUCACAUAUUAUAGCAUUGUCGCGCACAUCAUGUCGCGCUUGUCGCAAAGAAACAAUCGCAUUUUAAACAUUUUCAAUGAAACCCUUGCUAACAGAGUUUGUCCAAAAACAUCGCGCACUCUGAUUCAUCAAUCUUUUUUAUCGGUAUCUUGAAAUUUCACAUGAUUGUUUGCAAAAUACCAAAUGCCGUUUGUCUUUGUGCUCAGAUUGACAUGCUCUAAUUUCACACAUAAUUUUGUAUGGGUUGCGUUUAGAAAUAUACACACACUCUGUAUACACGAGUAGAAUAUAAAAAUAUCUCACACAAAGGAACGUCGUCUUUACAUUCUAUUAAAAAAUUGGUAUAACUUCUGAACAAAUGGAUGUAUUGAUAUAUAUUGCGGCGAAGUAAACAGUAUUCAAACAGGAUAUUUUUUACCUCUGACGCUACGUGACUUGUAGUAACUGGCAACGCUAUUGGAACGAAGGAAUAAACAAAAAAAAGAGCUAUGUACAUCAGCGCAAAAUUAUGCAAUCGCAGAAAAAUAUUGUUUUGCAUGCAUUACAAUAAUAAUUGACUUUACGAAGAUUUCUUAUUAUUUCUAUCUAUAUCAUUUAUUGAAACUCCACUUCAGCUUUGAAGGUCAUAUCGAUCAAACAAAUCCGUCAAAGAUGAACAAAAUUCAAUAAUAUUUAUACGUUUUAUUCUGUGUUUAAAGAUAAUUCAGCGUUUCAAAAUAAAAGUAUAGAGAAUAGAGUAUUGAUUCAAUGAUUGUGAUUAGUAACUAUAUCAACGCAACUUAUUGUUACAUUAACACGUAAUGUUUUGAAUAGGCGUAAUAUUUCUUUGAAGACGUGUGAUCGCCGAUUUUGUCGACCAACUACUUGUUCUUUACAGAACAUAUAAAUAAAUUAAUAAAUAAGUAAUA